CGGCGCUUCUCAGCCUCUGCUGUUUGUUUCUCCUCGUCCCUUGUUUCUUCUCUUCUUCUUCCUCCUCCUCUUCUUCUUCUUCUCACCGCCCCCAGUUCAACCUCCUCCUCCUCCACCACCACCACCACCACCAUCAUCACCUUUUUGUGAUACCCGUCUCCUUGCUUGCUUUCUGCUCGACUUCAUCACUCCUCACUCCUCCAUCACUACUCCCACAGCCCACCAUGCGUGAAAUCGUUCACCUCCAAACCGGCCAAUGCGGUAACCAAAUUGGUGCUGCUUUCUGGCAAAAUAUCUCUGGCGAGCAUGGCCUCGACGGCGCCGGCUACUACAACGGGUCCUCCGAUAUCCAGCUUGAACGCAUGAACGUCUACUUCAAUGAGGCUACCGAAAAGAAAUAUGUCCCCCGCGCCGUCCUCGUCGACCUCGAGCCCGGCACCAUGGAUGCCGUCCGUGCCAGUCCCUUUGGCCAGCUUUUCCGCCCAGACAACUUCGUUUUCGGCCAGUCCGGUGCUGGAAACAACUGGGCCAAGGGUCAUUACACCGAGGGUGCUGAGCUGGUCGACCAAGUCAUCGACGUCGUCCGCCGUGAGGCUGAAGGCUGUGACUGCCUCCAGGGCUUCCAGAUCACUCACUCCCUUGGUGGUGGUACCGGCGCCGGCAUGGGUACCUUGCUGAUUUCCAAGAUCCGGGAGGAAUUCCCAGACCGUAUGAUGGCCACUUUCUCGGUCGUUCCUUCGCCAAAGGUUUCCGACACCGUUGUCGAGCCUUACAAUGCCACCCUCUCCAUCCAUCAGCUCGUUGAGCACUCCGACGAGACCUUCUGUAUCGAUAACGAGGCUCUGUAUGAUAUCUGCAUGCGGACUCUCAAACUCUCUGAGCCAUCUUACGGUGACCUCAACCAUCUCGUGUCCGCCGUCAUGUCUGGUGUGACCACCUGCCUGCGAUUCCCUGGCCAACUUAACUCUGACCUUCGGAAACUCGCUGUCAACAUGGUUCCAUUCCCUCGUCUCCAUUUCUUCAUGGUCGGAUUCGCCCCUCUUACUAGCCGUGGAGCAUACUCCUUCCGUGCUGUCACCGUCCCUGAAUUGACCCAGCAGAUGUACGACCCUAAGAACAUGAUGGCUGCUUCUGACUUCCGUAACGGCCGUUACCUCACCUGCUCUGCUAUCUUCCGUGGUAAGGUUUCCAUGAAGGAAGUCGAGGAUCAGAUGCGCAACGUCCAGAACAAGAACCACACCUACUUCGUCGAGUGGAUCCCCAACAACGUGCAGACUGCUCUCUGCUCCAUCCCUCCCCGUGGCCUCAAGAUGUCCUCUACCUUCGUUGGAAACUCCACCUCCAUCCAGGAGCUCUUCAAGCGUGUCGGUGACCAGUUCACUGCUAUGUUUAGGCGCAAGGCUUUCUUGCAUUGGUACACUGGCGAGGGAAUGGAUGAGAUGGAGUUCACCGAAGCGGAGAGCAACAUGAACGAUCUCGUUUCUGAGUAUCAGCAGUACCAGGAUGCUAGCAUUUCUGAGGGAGAGGAUGAGUACGUUGAGGAAGAGAUCCUUGAGGGCGAGGAGUAGAGUUUUCGAGGCAAAUAAGCGUAUAGUGAAGCGAAGAGCCUAAAGAGGCGUGAUUUUUGAGCCUACUUAAUCAAUUACUUCUAUCUUUUAAGGUUUUGUUGUGUUUUUUUUCCUUUUCGUUCAUUCUAUUAAUUUAUAUUCUGCUCUUCUUUUUUCGGUAGCGAUGAAUCGAAUUUUUUUCCAAGACCAUGGACCAAGAUAAAUACUACGUUCUUUGUGUUAGGUAUUCAUGAAAACGAGAGAAACCUGACACUUGGUGAUGAUGCAUUGUUUUAUGUGAAGAGUAAACUUUGUUCUAUGUUGCUGAAUGGGAGCAGAGGAGGUGAGACGUAGGAGAGUGAGGUUUUGAGGUUUGAAUUGAAUGUCUAUGCAGCAAACCUUUCGGUUUUUCAAGCUCCGUACACUUUGCUUUUUCUUUUAAUGUUUACAUUCAGUCUUCUUUUUUUUUUUUUUCUAAGGAUGGCUAGCGGUACGGCACCAGAAAAAGAAAAUAUAAGAGAGAGCCUACAGUAGUAUGCUUGUUUGAGCGCGACUGCUGUUCUUUUUUUUUUUUUUUUGGUUGUGUUAUCUAUCGUACAUCUAUCUAUAUGAGAGAGGAGCAUGAAAGUCUUCAAAAGAUAUAUAUAUAAAGAGUGAAUUAAAAAAAGAAAUUGAAUGCUUAGCUUAUAUCUAUCCUCACUCAACAUUGGUUAUGUCAAAUUAUAUUCCAG